UAAAUAAUGCAGUCUAAAAAAUCGUGCCAAUUCGUGACGUAAUAUGACAGCCCUAUGUAUAACAAGAAUAACUUCGCUCUUUGCCUUUUGCUGCAAAAAAAUGAACAACAAAGUGCAAAUUCAUGACACGAUAAAUACUUUUUACAAAUACGAAGUAAGCACACAUAUUUACAAAAAUUUAUAAAUAGUGGUGCGAUUAAGAAACUUGAGAUCAUAUUUGUUUCACUUUCCCGAUAUGUUUACAUAAUUUAAGCCGAGUAAUGAGAGUGGAUAGUAAUUCCCUAGCCUUAAUGGCUACCGCGGGGGUGAUCCUUCUAAUUUCGGGACACGCAGCACCUAAAGAAGUCCCAUACGCUGGGCGAUGUGAACCAACCGACACGUGCGCUGGGAAGGAUAUGACGUGCCGUAAUGGAAACUGUGUCUGUGCGAAGGGAUACACUGGGGCGUACCGUUGUCACGAGUAUACCCAAAUUCAUCGAAUUAUAACGAUCGAGUAUCAUCCCUGGGUGAUUGUAAACGAGUCCUGCCUCUCAUCGCGAGUCAAGACCGCGUCGUCAUGUCGACACACGACCUGUUACACUGGCCUCCUCAUCGAUCUUCUGCACAAGGUGGAUAACGAAAUCAAGAUCCUGAACAAAUGUACCAUUGAAGGGGUCGAAAUGUUCGACGAUGUUUCGAACACAUAUCGCUCAUUCGGCAAGAAUGACACGGUAGAUGUUAUCGUGCGCGGGGAAGCAGACAUGGCCUUAGCGGCGAUUGACGAUAGAGAUGAUGAAUGGCUCGCAGUUUCCAUACACGUUAAAUUUUGGGUUUCCCAAAUCUACCCAAACCUCGUGGGAAUUUAUUAUGGGAAUGAUGAAAGUUGGCGGAGAUUCAUAUCCUCCUCUAAAGUUAAUGUCAAGCUUGUUUGAAAAAUGGUUUGUUAAGAAUGCAAAAUUGUGGACGAAGGACAAGCAAGUCACCAAUUUUACACCGGAAUAUGAGUGCCUCUAUAAGUAAGAUGUGCAUAGAAGUUGUAAAAAUUAAUGUUAUUCAAAAAGCCAAAUGUAUCUAUCUAUUUUAGCUUUUGGUAAUAAAUUUGUUUAGUUGAUUUUCAUCCCAA